AUGUCCAAGCAAUCAUCCCGAGACGUCCUCGACGACGACCUCCCCCCUCCGUAUACCGAGGCGGGGCCAUCAACAGCAGCACCUCAGCCAUCUCAACAAUCAAUCACAUCCAUCUUUUCCUCGCAUCUUAACAGUCUCCCACUACGCAUCCUCUCAAACCAAGCAGCCCGUACCUCCGCGCGCGACCAGCGAGACAGCGAGAUUCUGACACUCUUGGUCCCCCAUGUCGAAGACCUGCUAUCAUCCAUUGCGGCCAUGGAUCCGCCUCCCCGAAUCGUGGAGAUGACCAUGGUCCCAGAAGAGGCCGUGAACCACGAAUGGGUGUUUAGCGAUGAGGAUCGAUCCCGCACCGUAGUUCGCGUGCAGGAAGACCGCAAACUCCAAGGAGAUGAGAAGAGGCCACCCAAACCAGAACAGAAGCCCCUUGGGGAGAGGGCAUUUGAUGAAUGGGGUCGAUGGGAGGAUGAGACAGAAGAUACGACUCCCCGCAACAUCCUCUGGUGGGACGACCGCGACAUGGCCUCCCGCUUGGCAAAGUACAUAUCACCGGAGCGUGUUGAUCGCCAGGUAGUAAAGGCAAAUGUGCAGCAAAUAAAGCAGGACAAAAAGGCGUCAAGAUGGGGCCUGUUCAAAAAGGCCGAACCACAACAACCGCCACCAGCGCCAGUAAGGCCGGUUGAAGAUGAAGAUCCAGUCACAAUGACGGUCAAGGCUGAAGAAGUUACAUUUAGACGAGAGAAUGAGAUGGGAAUAUGGGAAGGCAAGACGGGAUGGGGGUUAGUUGUGCGCGUCAAGAUACGAGGUUGA